AUGGAUGCUCCCACCGGAAUCUGGUGCUCGAAGUGCCAGCAUCCUAUCCCGACGGAGGUUAUCAAGACCGCCACGCCUGGUAUUCUCUGCUAUGGCUGCACCUUGCAGAGCGAGGCUGAACGCAGCUCGGUCAAAGGAUCUCAGUGGAGUUACCUUCUAAACCACUGGCAUGCUGAGGGUGCACGUGUCCUUCACUGGCUUCGCAACAACUUCCAUUCCAGCGAACUCUUGACUUGUCUCUGUUCCCUGGCCAAGUACUACAACUUCAACGACGUAGUCCCCAUGGUGAACAGCAUGGCCUUGGAGCGCCUUCGCCACAAGUCGGCCCCGAGCAUCUAUGUCCGUCACGUCAUCGAGGCUGACUUCCAUGAGGCCCUUGUACUCGCCAAGAAGUGGAAGUUUAGACCUAUGGGUGCCGAGUCUAUCACGUGUGUGGAGUUGAUGUGCUUCCACUUGUCCAUCGAUCAGUACGGCUUCAUCCAGGACAACUACGAGGUCCCCCGCUACGGAUACAACGUAGGCGCUUGCAAGGAUGGCCAGAACUGCAAGAACGUGCUGCCCCUCGAGGACCGCAUCGUGGUUACCGAAGCCUACCGACUCCGCAAGGGUUGCAACAUGGUCUACGCAUAG